AUGGAUUCGAAUAAGAAGUUAGGUGUUACACAUUCAAUUCGUGAUAAAUUAAAUUUCCAUGAUGAAAGAUUAUGGAAGAGAUUCAGUGCUCGAAGAUUAGAGCUAAUAGAUACACUAGACUUAAGUUCACGAAAAGCAAGUGAACAAGAACAAGAGAUUAGAAAAGUUUCUGAGAUUUUAAGAACAGAAUUCAAUUAUCAUUCUUCAUAUGCACCAGAUUUUAACAAAUUAGUCCGAGCUGCCAUUCAAAGUGUGAGACGAAAUAGAAAAAGAUCAUCGAAAAAGCAUUCCGAUGAAGACGAUUAUGAUCAUUAUUCCACAAAUUAUAAGAAACAAAGACUAGAGGAAAGAAAUCAGCAUAGUAAUAAUUUCUUGUCAGAGAUUGUUCGUAAUGAUGAAGAUGUGUAUGAUGUGAAUUAUAAUAAAACCAAAGUAUUUACCAAUAAAGAUAAGGCAAACGAUACCAUCGAUAAUAUGACCAAACCAAGAUUACCACCUUUAAGUAAUUUAAGCAUGAAUGAGACAAUUAAUAUUCCACUGGCAUCAAAUGCAAAGAAAGUUAUCCUCAAAAAAAUUGAAACUUCAAAGUCAUGUAAUGAAAGUGUUAGUUCAAAACUGGAGAAUCUACAGUUUUUGGGGAAAUCAUUCAUGGCAACAUGUAUUGGGUUUGUGUUUGAAAAAUCUUUUAUUCAUGUGAAUCAACAAUCAUUGACUUAUUUGAGAAAUAAAUUAACCAGUGAAAGUUCAUUGGCUAAAUUUUUCCGAGAUUUAGAUCCUAUAAAUACCAACUCGAUUAAUGAUGAAGCAGCUGUGAUUUCAUUAUAUAUCUUACUAGGGGGUAUGGUUAAAGAUUUUGGAUUUGAAGAUAUUAUGAAUCCUAUUUGUGAGAUUUUGUAUGCUAGUGUGUUGCAAGAAUAUCCAUUAGUAGCGAAAAAUUCAAUUCCUUAUAGAAGUGAGGAAAAUAUGAGAAGAAGCAGUCUGAUUGAUAGUAUAAGGGGCAAUGAUGAUCAUUCAUUGAGUAAAUUAGCGGAAGUUGCAACACAUUUACAAAUUCAUUCAAACCAAAGCACAACUUCAACAUUAGUUUCAUCUAGAUCCAUGACUCCUUCAGGAACACCACCACCUCCUCCAGCUCCAGUAUCGUCUUCGUCCACGUCUACAAGUUAUAAGAAACGAGUAUAUUUAAAGUUCCUCAACCAAAAAUUAGAGUUUUUCUAUCCUGUUAGAAUUGCAGCCACCCCUAGAUUUAAUGAAUUGUUGGAGAAUGCCAAGUCUGCAUUUAAGUUGCCAGACACAACCAUAAUAAUAAGACACCAUGGUCAUGUGAUCACAGGAGAUUUAGAAUUAGAGAGAGUGUUUAGAAGUGAAGAAGAUAUAAUAGAAUUAGAGAUCACUACACAUAACCCAAUGCCGAUUUAUGAGAUGCAUAGAAGAAUGUCACAACAGGUAUAUAAUCCAGUACCCAAACCAACAGCAGCAGCAGCACCACCUCCAUCAUUACCACCAACUACAGUUCCUUCUCAGCCAUCAGUUAUGGAUUCUCAUAGAAUAAUUUUACCACCACCUAUACAAUCCAGAGGAGCCAUGGGAUUUAAUUUUAUAAGUAAUUCAGAUGAAGGCGCACAUUCGGUUACACCACCACCUUCUCGACCAGCUCUUCUUCCAAAAUUCCAACCGUUAUUGUAA